AUGCUCAAGCUCUACUUCAGGGAGCUUCCGGAGCCCCUGUGCACGUACAAAGGCUAUCAGCUGUUUUGCGACAGCCAGAGGGAACCCGACGCGGAGCAGGGCAAGGUGAUGCUCAUGGCGGCCCUCGCCGCUCUACCUCCCGUCAACCGAGCUCUCUUCGCUACCGUGACUCGAUUGCUCAAGGACGUGGCAGCGCACGAGAAACUGAACUUCAUGUCUCCCGACAAUUUGGGCAUCGUGUGGGGACCCACGCUCCUGCGAGAGGAGAAGGAGAACUUCAUGAGCAUGGAUCUCCCCGUGUCGGUCAUCAUAUCUCUCAUCAAAUACUGCGACGAAAUCUUUGUUGGCGAGGAGAAAUUGGAGCUCAAAGCAGCAUCCCAGGCCAUCAUCCUGCACACUGCUCCAUCCCACACAGCGGCGGAGAUGAGCGACAGCAGCGGGAGCCUGAGCGUGAGCAGCAUGCCCCGGUCGCCGGCCACCCCGGACAUGCUGGGAUCGGGAACGCAGGAAAUACACCACCCGCACCCACUCCCGCAACCUCCCCCCUUCCCCAGGUUGCCCUCCGACUUCGGCGUUGGCAUCCGCUCCCCCGAUUCGGGAGGGGCCGACUCGGACAGGACUGGGGUGAGGCCCGGCUUCGUUCCCGGCACGGUGAUUCUUGUCCUCUACCGGCCGUGGGCUCUGGAUCAUUCCCACUCCCCAGAAGCGACUCGCCCGGUCCCACCUGUGGCGAGGAGGACCAGCGACAUCGAGGGCACGCCCACGCCCCUACGCGUGGGCAUAGGCAUGUCUACGCCGCCACGCCGGGCCCUGGGCAGCCGGCGAGAAUACUCGGAGAACGACCUUCCCUAG